GGGAGCCGGCCGGUUGGGGCUGCAGCACUCUGCCGAAGCCAGCGUGGUGUCAAGUGCAGCUGGGAGGCACGGACCGGGCCGAUUUGCAUUUUACCCCUUAUGAGCUCAAAGGAAAGACGGCUCAGAGAAGUGAGAUGACUUGCCUGAAAUUACAAGUUUUCUUCCAUCUGCACCCAGUUGUCUUCAGCAUGGUGGAACAGAACCACUCUCCUGGAAAGGAACUUCAGCACAGGACACGAGCAGAGUCUCCAGGAAAGAAAAACUGGCACUCCCAGGCCUAUGCCCUUGGGGCCGUUUCCAACUUUAUGUCUACUUUUCUGACCUUCCCUAUCUAUAAGGUUGUGUUCCGGCAACAGAUACAUGCUAUGGCAGUGUCAGAGGCUGUGCGACAGCUUUGGCAUGAAGGCCCGCAAUACUUCUACCGGGGAAUAUACCCACCUCUUCUUUCCAAGACAUUGCAAGGGACUCUACUGUUUGGGACUUAUGAUAGCCUGCUGUGUUCUCUCUCUCCUGUUGGGCCACACUCUCUGGGACACCGAUGGGCUGCAGGGCUCAUGUCUGGUGUGGUGGAGGCUGUGGCACUGAACCCCUUUGAAAGGGUGCAAAAUGUGCUCCAGGAUGGUCGCAAGCAAGCUCGCUUCCCCAGCACCUUCAGCAUUCUCAAGGAAUUCAACUCUUAUGGGCUUUGGGGGAGGCUGUCACUGGGCUACUAUCGUGGUUUCUGGCCUGUCCUUCUCAGGAACAGCCUGGGGAGUGCACUGUAUUUUUCCUUCAAAGACCCCAUCCAGGAUGGCUUGGCAGAGCAAGGCCUGCCCCAUUGGGUUCCUGCUUUAGUGUCUGGGAGUGUCAAUGGAACAAUCACAUGCCUAGUUCUGUAUCCUUUGAUUGUGCUGGUGGCCAAUAUGCAGUCCCAUAUUGGCUGGCAAAGAAUGCCAAGCCUAUGGGCCUCUGCCCAGGAUGUGUGGGACACUCGGGGCCGAAAGGUGUUCCUCAUCUACCGUGGAGGCUCCCUGGUCAUCCUAAGGUCCAGCGUGACAUGGGGCCUCACUACUGCUAUCCAUGACUUCCUGCAAAGGAGGUAUCAUUCCAGGAAAGAGCUGAAAGACUGACUAGCUGCAGGAAGUGUAGCCAUGGCAACUUUGUUAUCGUAAGCCUUCCCAGGUUGGUCUAAAUAGCUUACAUCUUUGGCUUGGUUACCUAAUGCAACAACUGUUUAGCAUCUUUGAACUGCCAGUGCAUGGGAUAAGUUGCCAGCUACUAGCCUGUUGGGCACAGACAAAGCCCAACAGGGUUCCUUGGUCAGAAAAAGAAAGUCACUCCUGUCCAUCCACAGCUUCAACAGCCUCAGACCUAGGAGGCCCUUAAAAAAGCUUAUGACCCAAAUGAAAUGUCAUUCCUUUAAAGAAUUCCUUGACCAUAAGAGAAAACCAUUAAAAGAUGACCUUAGUUAGGCACUGUGAGUUCUGGGACACCCCCAGUUGUCCUUUGGACCAAACUUAGAGGAGGACCAGAGACCGAAAUUUCAAAGAACUAUGCUUGACUCUUUGGAUGCAGAGUCCAUAGAACUUCCCAGAUGGCUGCAUUUUCAUGAUAUUGUUCACUACCCCUGCCAUCGCUCUCACUUCUCAGGGCUGUGUGUUCUUGUUUCUGUUAGGUUGGCAGUUGUGUGUGGCUGGAAAUCCUAAAUUAGACUUGCCUCAACUGAUUAGAUGUCACAAGAACUGAUGGGGUUGGAUAUAAGAGUGGUAAGAAGUAUUGUCACUUCUGUCACUAGAUGGAAAGAAUAGACUUUGAGGGAAGAGAUUUAGUUGCAUGAGAAAAAUUUACUAUAGAUUGCUUGGUAUUAUCUGCCAGGAUAUUUUUGAUAGCAAUGCAAUAACACUGCCUAAAAUCACUUGAGUUUUCUUAAGAAAUCUGGAAAUGAAAUGACCAAAUCUCUUCACAAAUAAUUGCAUAUUUUAUUGUGUGGAUAAAUACAGUUACAGUGACAUAAAGAUCAGAAACCUUAACCGGUGGUUCAGAGCUAUUCAAAAUAUGGUCCCCAUAUAACUUGCAGCAUUUUAUCAUACCACUGCCACUUACAUAGAUUCUGUACAACCAACUAACGUGGACUAUUGUUCUCUCCCCAAAAAUGCCAUGAACUUUCCCAUGGCUCUGCUUUGGCCCACACUAUUUCUCCACCUGCAGUAUCUUCCCCACAUGCCAGUCUGCCAAAACCCUCAAAGCCUAGCUCAGAUGCCACAUUCUGAUUUUCCAUAACUGAAUGUUACAUUAUCUCAUGUGGCCACAUGUUCUUCUUGGUGUUCUUCAGUAACUCCUACUAGACUGUAAAACUCCUUGAAAGCAGGGAUUCUGGUAUGCAUUUUAAAAUCUCCCAUUGUGCCUAGGUGCUCAAUAGUGUUGGCUGAAUUACCGAAUUGAUUAUCAAGCUGUGAUAUGAUCUUUAUCCUCAGGGUGCUGUCCCUUGUAUAUGAAAAUGAUGUUAUUGACUUGCCAUCAGCAAGACACAUACCUUUGGGGUGUGAUUUUGUUUUAUUAGUGGAUUUAGUUUUGUGCUAAUGAUAAUGCUGCUGCUGAUAAUAAUAAUAAAAAUGAAUAUUAACUGGAA